GUUUAGACAUAGUUCUCAUUCAUUCUCUUCUACAUUGUUCAGACCUAAAGAUACAGAUCUCUUCUUCAAGUUCUCUUCUCCAAGAAACCUUGAUUCAGUUUUACCACUGUAAUAGGUUGCCUUCACCGACGUUGAACGCCUUAUCGGCGAACCUGACCAGAACCAGGCCGCCAUGAAUCCUUCCAAUACAAUCUCCGGAUACACCAAUGACCUUGAUGUUUCUGAUUUUCGUACUCACGAAGCAUUUGCUGGACUGGAUAACAUAAAUCCCGCUCUAUAUGGCACUCCGGAAAAAGAUUGGAUAGAUACUGACAUCCAUUUAAUCAAGAUGUGGCAUAAUGCCCAUAUGGGAGAUGCAGAUAUCCUCGCUAUCGGAAAUACAUGGCAUGCACAACUGAAUGCAGAGAACAGUAUCUCUUCUCGAACUGCGAUUAGAGGGCUCAAAUUGGCUAUGUCUCUAAAAUCAAUGUAUCCAAAUAAAACUGCACCAUUAUUAUUUUUACCUGGCAGAGGACAAGAACCUCAUGAAGGAGCUCCGGCUGCAGUAUCUCUGCCUGAUGUGGAAACUUUUGAUGACACGCCGUUCGCAAUACAAACUAGACAAGUUGUUCGAGGUCCGGAUGUUCCAUUAUUGCCAAAUGCUGUCGUAGCAACCGCAAAUCUAGGCAUACCAGCUAGAGAGGAUAUUGAUCGAGUAAAAAUAUGGUCAUAUACAUUCCUAGCUUCUUAUUUGAUGAAACUGAUGGUCAAAUCUCCAGAGAAUGUGGUGAGAGGAUUGGAAAAUAUGAAGGCUAGGUAUGCUUCAUUUUAUGGACCAUCUAGGACUAUAGCUAGAUUCUCAUUUCCUAUUAGGAAAGCAUGUGCCUACAAAAAGGCUCUCCUCAGUCAAUCUAACAUACUUACUACCUAUACCAUGGCAUUAGCUCACACUCAAUCCUAUGUAGCUGCGGAAAUGAAUGUUAAGGAGAAAGGAUUGUUGAGUUAUCUUGGAUAUAUUCCAUUUUCUUACACUGGUCUCCAUGCAUACAGCCUGAUCAUCAAUUUGAAGAAUAUUUCAAACGUAGGGUUAGGAGAGUUGCUUUCGAUGCUGCACUGUAACAUUAUGCGUCCUGCUCUGAUGAAAGUGCACAAGAUAGUCACUGAGCUUGAGAGAACAGUAGACCAUCCAGACAGACCAACCUAUUUUAGGUACUGUGCUACAUGGGGAGAUCAUUAUUUUUUAAGUCUGAGAUCUUCUCGAUGCCCUCACUUGUGCUACACAGUAGCAUGUGCAUGGAAGACCAUAGCUCCAGCUGCCAGAAAUGAGAACUGUGAUCCUGAAAAGAUCAUGGCAACUACACGUCUAGCUGAGCCAAUGAAGAGAACAUUGAAGCGAGCAGGAGAAUUGUUGGCAGAAUCUCUAAGAAAGAACAUUUCUUAGAGAAUGCAAUAACCAAUCAACAAGUUCCGGAGGCGAUGGAGAAUGCAAAUGCAGAUGUCAAUCCUUGGGAUCAGUUUCUGUAGAAGCACUUAUUCUAUUAGAUUUAAGAAAAACAAAACAAAACAAAAAAAAAAAAGUUCAAGCCUAAUCACUGAUGUUAUCAUAAACACUAAUGGACGCCCUCGAGUAGGAAAAUUAAGUAGGAAAACUUUUUUUAAGAUGCAAUUAGGAUAUAAACAUUUCAAUAGUGCUUCGUAAAAUAAACAUGUGGUAUUUGAGGUUGUACGGUUAUUUAGCAUUUUAUACAUUGACUCUUUCCUGCUUGUGAAAGACAGAUGUGAAAAGGCUGAUAGGUAGAAAGUUUGGUGAUGGAAUAGUACAAAAUGACAUGAAACACUGGCCAUUUAAAGUCAUAGCUGGUCCUGACAGUUGCUGUGGAGGAGGACAUGAUUGUUUUAGCAGAGUGCAAUUUUGUUCACCCUCUCCUUGGAGGGUGAACAUCACCCUCAUAGCUCAAAUGUUGCCAUUUGGCAUUUCAUUUCUUUUUUGCCACAUGUCAAGCAAAUAGGGAGGGGGGUUAUGUUCACCGGUGAACAAAAUUGCACUAGUUUUAGCAAAGGCAAUUGAUCAUACAGUUAAGUGGUUUGGUUGGAAUUAACUGCUUGGUGAUGCUCGCAUAUUUGAGGAAAAGAUGAAAGAGCUGGAGGACAAAUGUGAGCCUGUCAUUAUGAAGCUGCAGAGUCCGCAGCCAAGUCACACUAAUGUCAAGCCUAAUUUGAAUUUGGUAGCGAGAGUUUGGAAACUGCUAACCUUUAGUAUGCUAAUGCUUUAGUAGGCUGUUGAAUUAUGAAACCUGGUUUGUUUUGCUUUUUUUUUCUUUGCUCUGGUGCACUCCACAAGCUUUGACUGUUUUUUCUGCGUUCGAGUAAUACAUGCACUGUGUUCUUAGUUUUUUUUGUGACAACCCUGGUAUCCAUUUAGAAAAUGAGGUACGGUACC